GGCGAACCUGUUUUCUUGAGACUGUCAUAAUACUCUUUCAUAUCCCAGUCGGCCAACCCGGGCUCGCCCAGAAUUAUCUCCGCUAUACCAAUUGAGGCUCCAUCCACGGUCAGAUACCCAAUACCUUAGCCCAGAACUACCAAAAGUUUGCGCAAAGACAGACGAAUGUUGUUUCUUGUCCCGAAGUUUCUCGUCAGGCUCUUCCUAGGGUCCUUUGCGUUGUGGAUCAUUCUUUCCACGGCGAUUCCGCAGCUCCUGCUGAAAUUCCUCGAGCCCCAGAUACGAGACCUCCACUUCACACAAACAGCGUAUCCGUACAAUUCGCUUACAACGCCCGCGCCGCCGCCGAUCCGGAACUCCACGGUGGUGUUUGUGAUUGGCCACCCGGACGACGAGGUGAUGUUCUUUUCGCCGUCGUUGGUGGAAUUGGCCAAGCCGAAGCACCACAACCGAAUCAAGCUCCUCUGUUUUUCUCGGGGUGACGCCGUGGACGUGUCCUUCGGCGGCAUCCGGGCACAGGAGCUCCGGAGCUCUGCCCGGAUAAUCGGGGUGGAGCCGCACGACGUGGUUGUUUUGGACGAGUUCCAGGACGGCAUGGACGUCCAGUGGAAGGCGGCGGAUGUGGCCGAGACCUUGCGGCAGCAGAUCGGGAGGGCCGCCGAAACGACGGUGGUGAUCACCUUUGACGAGCAGGGCGUCUCCAGCCACCCGAACCACAUUUCGUUGUACCACGGGUGCAAGGAGUACUUCCAGACCCACGUGGAGCCGCAUGCGGCGGCGAGGCUCUAUGUGUUGAAGAGCCUCAACUUCUGGGAGAAGUACUCGUUCACAGCGUUGACCAACGUGGAGUUGCUCGUGGACUUGGUGCUGAAGUUCUUUCUCAACACGUUGAAGAUCAACAUCAACGUGAGUUUCUUCAGCGCAUACAGCGGGCGCAGCUUGUCUUCGAUCAAAUUCUAUUCGGACUUGAACAUGUUGAGCUUGUCGUACGCGGCCAUGGCAUACGGCCACUAUUCGCAGAUGGUGUGGUUCCGGUACGGCUGGUUGAUGUUCAGCCGGUACUUGACGUUCAACCACUUGAUCCAGCUCCACUAGGGGGCGUUGCAGGGGCCGCCGAGCGAGCUGCGGGUAGUUUACAGCGGGCGGCGGCUUGUGCGGGCGCAUCCUGGGGAUUUGUCACGCGGGUGUUUGUCGCGGUGGA